ACAGGCUGUGGACAACCCAUUAUUAUGACAUUGCUUUCGAAAUCCUUGCUUGUGGUGGGUCUGGCUCUAGUGGCGCGGGCUUCUACACGUGCGAUGCAGCAAGAAAGUCCCUCUGUCCCAGCCGUGGUGUUGGAUUUGCUUGCGGCAUUUGCAGUUUCUCUGGCAGGAGCCCUGUUGGGAGCCGGCCCUUUUCGCCCCAUUCAUCUUGCUCAAGACGCUUCCCUCCGCUGCAAAGACAUCUCCUCCUCCCGACCUGAUUUCGCUGUCUUCAGUCAUCGAGGACCUUUAUUGCGGAGCCGUCAAUUCUAACGAAACGAUUACAGAUUCGUAAAU